GAAAAUAAAAUUGGAAUUAAAGCUGAGAAGAAUUGAUGCUGAAGAAUAUCAUAGAUUCAGGUUAUUAUUAUAAUUACUAUUUGAAUUGGGUGAGCAGCGGCGGCGGCGAGUAUUCAACACCCAUAUGGGCUGUUCUGAUCGCCGGAGUUUCCGUCGUCGUCACUCUCACCCUCUCCGUUUACCUCCUCUUCGAGCAUUUAUCCAUGUACCAGAACCCCGAGGAGCAAAAGUUUCUGAUUGGAGUAAUAUUGAUGGUGCCUUGCUAUUCUAUUGAAUCAUUUGUAUCAUUGGUAAACCCUGCAAUUAGCGUUGAUAUUGGGAUUCUUCGUGAUUGCUAUGAGUCCUUUGCCAUGUACUGCUUUGGGAGGUACCUAAUUGCUUGUUUAGGUGGAGAAGAGAGGGCAAUUGGAUUCAUGAAGAGGGAAGGACGUGCGAGUUCAAAGACACCGCUGCUAGAUCACGGCCAUGAAAGAGGAAUCGUAAACCAUCCUUUUCCACUGAAAUUGUUUUUGAAGCCUUGGAAACUUGGUCAAUGGGUUUAUCAGGUCAUCAAGUUUGGAAUUGUUCAGUAUAUGAUUAUAAAACUAUUUACUGCCGUUUCAGCUGUAAUUCUUGAAGGUUUUGGUGUAUACUGUGAAGGAGACUUCAAAUGGAACUGUGGGUAUCCGUACCUGGCUGUGAUUUUAAAUUUCAGUCAGUCGUGGGCUUUGUAUUGCUUAGUUCAUUUUUACACGAUAACAAAAGAUGAAUUAGCACACAUCAAACCACUGUACAAGUUUCUGACGUUCAAGUCGAUUGUGUUCUUAACUUGGUGGCAAGGUGUUGCUAUAGCUCUACUAUAUGCUAUUGGUUUAUUUAAAAGUCCAAUAGCUCAGUCACUGCAGUUUAAGUCAAGUGUUCAGGACUUCAUUAUUUGCAUCGAGAUGGGCAUUGCUUCAGUGGUUCACCUCUAUGUUUUCCCUGCAAAGCCGUACGAGUUAAUGGGAGAUCAAUUUUCUGGAAGCGUUGCAGUUCUUGGUGAUUAUGCUUCCGUUGAUUGUCCUUUAGACCCUGACGAGGUUAGAGACAGUGAACGCCCCACUAAGCUCCGCCUUCCACAGCCCGACUACAAACCUAGGAGUGGGACCACCAUCCGUGAAAGUGUUCGAGAUAUUUUUAUCGGUGGUGGCGAAUAUAUUGUGAAUGAUGUGAAGUUUACGGUGACACAAGCGGUGGAGCCAGUAGAGAAAGGGAUAACAAAGUUCAAGCAUAAGAUAUCUCAGAACAUAAAAAGGCACGAAAAGGGAAGAAGAACGAAAGACGACAGUUGCAUAGCCACCACAUCUUCACCGACACGUAAAUUGAUAAGAGGAAUAGACGACCCACUCUUAAACGGGAGCUUUAGCGACAGUGCUAAUUCGAGGAGAAAGAAGCACCGUAGGCGUAAAUCUGGUUACACGAGUGCUGAAAGUGGCGGUGAAAGUAGCAGCGAUCAGAUCUUUGGUGGUUAUCAGAUUCAUGGGCGGAGAUGGCUUGUCAAGGAUUAGUUUUCGAAACGCAAAAUCAAUUUUUUUGGCAGUUAUUUUCUUUUUCUGCCUAUCUUGAAAAUAUCAUUGGAUGAUGAUGGAAGAGGUGAAAACUGUGACUAAAGGGCAUGUAGAUUUUGUUACCCAUAAAUUGUUGUUUGAUGUUGGAAGAUAAUAUUUACCCUUCAAAUUGUUGUAUAGAAAAAAAAGAAAGGGUUUCUAUUUGUUACAACUUGCACUGAAUGAUUGAAUUGUCUAUUAUUUCUGGAGUUGUUCUUAUAUACAUAGGCUAUAGAAUUGUUGUCCUUUUCGGUACAUUUGAGUUGGAAUUCGAAACUUUGAUCGAUAAUAAUCGAUGCAGAACAAUAGAGAAUGCGAUAAUAGUGUUUGUUACCGAAAAACUUAUUUGCUUUCGGAUAAUAACAUCUCUAUUGUGUACUUUUGACACUAUCCCUAAGUUUUUGUAAGAACUUUUGUUUAAGGAUCGCUUCUGUACUUUUGAUC